AGUGUUCACUGUUCACCAACACAGCACUCUAGUGCCAGUCUCCAGUUAGCGGCCGCACAUGCGCCGAGCGUCCGCUUACCUGAUAUAUGUUUGACGUGUUGUUGAAUUUCUACUCAUUUGACGUCAGAUCGCGCCAGUCGAUUCUUGUUUCUAGAUCGUAAAAAUGGUUACGGAAAGUGAAAUAGUCGUGUAAAAGUUUUAGUGGAACACUGACGACAAUGCGUAGACUGCUGAAUUAAAAAUUGGGUAAUAACGUAAAAUCGUGCAAAUUUGUCACACGGCCACGUGCGUAGUGUUUGCCGGCGUCUGUGAUUGAUUUUUUGCGGUAUGGGCGAAGAAAUAAAAGGCGAGGAAGGAAAUGUGACUUUGAAACGCAAAAUAACACUGUUUAAUGGUGUUGGUAUUAUAAUUGGUACUAUUAUAGGAUCUGGAAUUUUUAUAUCACCUACUGGAGUUUUCUUAUACACUGGAUCCGUAGCCGCAUCGCUUAUAAUAUGGCUCGUGAGUGGUCUUCUAUCAACUCUAGGUGCCUUAUGCUAUGCAGAACUUGGGACUUCCAUCGCGAGGUCUGGCGGUGACUAUGCCUACAUAUACACGGCCUUCGGGCCGUUGCCUGCGUUUUUGAGAAUGUGGAUCGCUCUACUCAUUAUAAGACCCACGACACAAGCGAUUGUGGCUCUCACUUUUGGCCACUACGUUGUUAAACCAUUCUUCCCGGAAUGUGAACCACCUGCCAAUGCGGUGAAGCUUUUGGCUGCAGUUUGUUUGUGUAUAUUAACAGCCAUCAACUGCAUUAGUGUGCGGUGGACGAUGCGAAUACAGGAUGUCUUCACGGCUUCGAAGCUUCUUGCUUUAGUGAUCAUCAUCAUAUCUGGACUGUAUUAUAUCGGAAUUGGUCACACCGAAAACUUUAAGGAUGCGUUUGCUGGCGAGUAUGGCGCUGGUAAAGUGGCGGUAGCUUUUUAUUCUGGACUCUUCGCUUUUGGCGGGUGGAAUUACUUGAACUUUGUCACUGAAGAGCUGCAGGAUCCAUACAAGAAUUUGCCGCGUGCGAUAUGGAUCGCUAUGCCGAUGGUGACUAUUAUCUACGUAAUGGCAAACUUGGCCUACUUCGCCGUUGUCUCCAAAAUGGAAAUGAUGUCAAACUCCGCGGUGGCUGUGGUAUUCGGUGACCGUUUAUUCGGUGCAUGGAGCUGGUUGAUCCCCGUGUUCGUAGCAUUAUCAACAUUCGGCGGUGUGAACGGAGUGCUGUUCACAUCAGCGCGACUGUUCGCGACGGGCGCGCAAGAGGGACACAUGCCCGCGUUCUUCUCGCUCUUUCACAUUGAUAAGCAAACGCCUAUACCGUCGCUCGUGUUUACGUGUUUCUUCUCACUACUCAUGUUGACAACGAGCAACGUGUUCGACCUUAUCAACUAUUUCUCGCAAACUCUAUGGUUGUCUGUGGGCGCUUCCGUCGUUGGGAUGCUCUGGCUUCGAAGGACCAAACCGGACAUGCCUCGACCAAUUAAAGUUAAUCUAGCUAUUCCUUAUGUUUUCCUCGUUGCUAUUGCGUGUCUCGUCUUCAUUCCAGCCUUUACUCAACCCAUGGACACGGCUAUAGGUCUUGGAAUUCUUCUCUCUGGCAUCCCGGUUUAUUAUCUAUGCGUCAAAUGGCAGAAUAAACCUAACAGCUACCAUAGAUUCUCAGGUUGUGUACUAAGGUUCCUACAGAAGCUCUGCUCUUGCAUUUACGUAGACUCGUUAGAGAAAUUAUCCAAUGCAAAUUGAACGGUUUCAAAGUAACGAUAAAACUGUUGAAACGGAUACGUGUUGCGGACUGGAAUACCUACAAUUUUUUUCUUACAAUUAAAACAUUGAAUACCUAUAUGUCUCUUGAUGGCCACAAGCUACUAUCAUUUAAGAUCACAUUUAUUUAAAUAAUUUGUUGUUUGAAUAAAUAAAUAUGUCCUCGUGUAUUCCAUUCAAUCAGUUUUAUCUUAUAGUGUAUGAAAAUAACACGUUUAUUUAUAUCGACUAUAAAUUAUUGCUACAAGAAUAAAUGUAAAUGGACCAAUAUAUUUUACCCUAUAAUAUAGUAAUGUACUUUGAUAUUAAAGACAUUGUGACGAAUUUAAAA